GCGGGGCCGCCGCCGCCAAGUUGUGCGUGAGCCCAGAGCCGCGUUCGCAAAAUGGCCGCCGCCGCCGCCGCGCCGCUCGGGCCCGCCUCGUCCUCCGCCGCCGCCGCCCAGCCGGGCCCGGCGGCCACCGAGAGCAAGAAGAUCACGGAGCUCCGCGUCAUCGACCUCAAGUCGGAGCUCAAGCGCCGCAACCUGGACGCCGUCGGCAUCAAGUCCGUCCUCAUCGCCCGCCUCAAGCAGGCUAUUGAAGAAGAAGGAGGAGAUCCAGAUAAUAUUGAACUAGCUGCCUCGGUCGAUACUCCCAACAAGAAACCAACGAAAAGCAAAGGUAAGAAGCAGGAAGCAGAUGAACUGAGUGGAGAUGCUUCAGUGGAAGACGACUCCUUGGUCAAGGACUGUGAACUGGAAGCUCAGGAGGCGAGUGACCAGGAUGGGAACGAUGAAUUGAAGGACUCUGAAGAAUCUGUGGAGAAUGAAGACGACUCCUCGGCAUCUAAGGUGUCCCUUCCUGCAGAGAAGAAGAAAGCUUAUUCGAGGCGAAUGGAAAAGGGUUUGAGAAACCAGGAUGCCGAAGAAGAGAAUGAGAGAGAUAAAGCAGGUUCUGGUGAUGGUACACAAGAAGUAUCUAAGCCAGAAGAGAGCCCGGCUGAAGGUGAUCAGUCGGCUCACGAAGAGACGGAAGCAAACGCGUCUGGGAAAGAAGCCGAGGACGAUAACAUAUCGGUAACAAUCCAGGCCGAAGACGCCAUCACUCUGGAUUUUGAUGGCGAUGACCUCCUAGAAACAGGUAAAAAUCUGAAAAUUACAGAUUCAGAAGCAAGCAAGCCAAAAGAUGGGCAGGAUCCCACCGGGCCAGGCCUGGAGAAGGAAGGCAAGGACUAUGAGACUGCCGAGAACCAUAAAGAUGGUAAGAAGGAAGACGGCACGAAGGGGGACCCUGUCAAGAAGGAAGCCCGAGAAAUCUCGAAGAAGGCAGAAUCUGGAGACAAAGACAAGGACAGUUUGAAGAAAGGUCCCUCGUCUGCUGGGGCCACGGGUCAAGCAAAGAGCUCUUCUAAGGAUUCUAAAGAAAGCAAGACUGCAUCGAAGGAUGAGAAAGGCAGUGGCAGCAGUGGUGGCAGCAGCAGCUCCACUAGGAACUUGUGGGUGAGCGGUUUGUCCUCCAACACAAAAGCUGCUGACUUGAAAAAUCUCUUCGGCAAGUAUGGCAAGGUCCUGGCUGCGAAAGUGGUCACAAAUGCCCGGAGCCCUGGAGCCAAGUGCUACGGCAUCGUGACCAUGUCCUCCAGCACAGAGGUGGCCAGGUGCAUAGCCCACCUCCAUCGGACGGAGCUGCACGGGCAGCAGAUUUCUGUGGAGAAGGUGAAAGGUGACCCUUCCAAGAAAGAGCUGAAGAAGGAGAGCGAUGAGAAGUCUGGCUCUAGCAGGAACCCCGGGGAGAAGAAGACCCCCUCAGGCGAUAAAGGAAACAAGACCCCGUCCAAAAAAGAUGACAAGCGAUCUGACAGGUCUGAGAGGAAAGACAGCAAGGAGGCGAAGAAAUCGGAAGGUAAAGAUGAGAAGAGUGAUAGUGGAGCCAGCUGCGCUGCUCAAGAGUCUGCUAAAACACCCGACGAGAAGAGGCGAAUCAGCAAUGUGAAAAGCCCCAGUCGCAUGGUAGUCCUUGACCAAAUGAAAAGGGACCCGGUGUACCCAAGACCAAUUCGGAGGGGGAGGUUUGAAAAGCCGCAUUUUCUCCCGUUCAAAGUGAAGUUCAGAGACUCCAGGGGCCGGAAGGAUAUCCUGCCUUUUGAGAAGAUGAAGGAGCAGAAGAUGCGGGAGCACAUGGUUCGGCUGGAACGGAUACGGCGUGCCGCGGAACUGCGCAGCUUUUUUUUUAAUUUUGAAAUAGCCGAGCGCUUUGUUUUAAGCGAGAGGGAAUCAAGGCGAUCCGACUUGGUUCCGGCAGCCGGCGAAGAACGGGAGCGUUUGCAGAGGGAGAGAGAGCGGCUGGAAAUUCGAAGGAGGCAAAAGUUGGAGAGAGAGAGAAUGGAACGGGAACGCUUGGAAAGGGAACGCAUCCGCAUUGAGCAGGAGCGUCGCAAGGAAGCCGAGCGGAUCGCUCGGGAACGAGAAGAACUCCGACGACAGCAGCAGCAGCUGCGCUAUGAGCAAGAGAAAAGGAAUUCCCUGAAACGACCACGUGACGUUGACCACAGGAGAGACGAACACUACUGGAACGCCAACAAGAAGAUGUCCUUGGACACCGAUGCUCGGUUUGGCCACGGCUCAGAUUACAAUCGCCAGCAGAACCGGUUUAGUGACUUCGACCACAGAGAGAGGGGCCGAUACCCAGAGGGCUCCGCUGUGCAGUCGUCCUCCUUUGAGAGCAGCAGGCGCGAGCGAUUUGUGAACCCAGGCGAGGCGAAGAAGACUCGGCCCACUGCCAGGCGGGAAGAGCCCGGCUUUGAGCGGUACCCCAAGAACUUCAGUGAAACCAGAAGGAAUGAGCCCCCCCAGCCUAGAAAUGAAAUCCGAGACACCGACAGGAGGGAAGUUCGAGGAGACCGAGACGAGCGGAGGACCGUGAUAAUUCAUGAGAGGCCAGAGAUCCCCCACAGCCGCCACCCACGAGAGGCUGGGCCCAACCCGCCCCGGCAGGCUUCCUGGAAAAACGAGGGAAGCAUCAACGCUGACAAGCGGGAUGCCAGGGAGAGGCCAGAAAGGUCUGGCCGGGAGGUCUCCGGGCAUGCAGUCAGAGGCGCCCCCACCGGCAGCCGCAGCAGCACCUCCGGCUACGGAAACAGGGAGCCGGAGCGGGCCGUGAUGGAACGCGGAGGAAGUGGGGGACAGCGCUACAGCGAAGACCGCCACGUGGUUGAGCGGCACAGCCGAGACAGCGGGCCCCGGAAGGAAUGGCACGGCCCCAGCUCGCAAGGCAGCGGCUACCAUGACACGAGGCGGAUGGGAGACAGCAGAGGUGGAGGCAGCAUGAUGGCUCCCCACUCAAGUAAUUCUUCACCCAUUAACAGAGUUGUACAGAUCACGGGCAAUUCCAUACCGAGGGGAAGCGGUUCUGGAUUCAAGCAGUUCAAAAGUGGGCCGCCACGAAGAUUCUGAGCUCCUCCUUCGGCACCUACCUUGGCUUCAAGAUAACUUAUUGGAAAUCUCUUGUGAACCGGCAGCAGCCUUGGCUUGAAGACCUUGUAUUUUUUUUUAAUUUUAACAUAAUUUCCCCCUCUUUUGGAGGCAUUUUAAACCGAGUUAAGGUUGUCGCGUUUUGGAGAGUUGGUUUGUACCUUUGGGUACCUAGCGCCAGGAGCACGGGAAACAAGUCAGAAUCGAAUGUCUUACGGCGGCUGUUCAAAGGGAGGGGGCUCACUUUGCACCUGUAGUUUAAUUGACCAGCGUUGGCUUUGAGGUGUCCGUCAGGGCUUGACUGAUGACUAGGUACUCCUCCACCACCCCCUCAACAACUGAACUGCCCAAAUCCCACUGCUUCACUGCUGGUAGAGGUCAAGGUUGGGUUGGUUGCGUUUUCCUGGUCUUAUUAUGUAACCUAUUUUUGCAGAAGUUGUUCCAUUAAGUGAAGCUGUAUCCUGGCUUAUGUACCCUUUUGAAAUAAACUUCAUAAUCUAA